CUCGCCCUCCGCUCUCAGCAGUAGCAUCAUCGUCCCCGCCGGGUCCGGUGGCAGAGAGGAUGGUUCAGCGGAAAAGCAGCCGGGGAUGCGAAUGACAGUGAUAAGAUAAUGGCCCUCAAUUUACGCAAGUUCCCGAAUGUGCGACUGGAGAUCAAGUGAAACGACCGUGGAAGGAAAACACUGAACCAUGUUACUCUAAGGUGUGACCUGUGGUGAACAGGGGAGGAGGAAGAGGAGGAGGGAGGUGCAGGCAGGCAGGCAGGCAGACGGGCAUCUGCCACAGCUCCCUUUAGGCAGCCCUUUGCAAGCUUGAAGCCAUGGGCAACACAGCCACCAAGUUCCGCAAGGCCCUGGUGGGUGGUGACGAGGCCCUGGCCUGGCAGCUGUAUGAGGGCAACCCUCAGUUCAGGGAUGGCCUGGACCCGAAUGCUUCGUACGGAGAGCAGUACCAGCACAACACGGCCCUGCAUUAUGUCUGCCGCCACGCCAUGACACGUCUGCUCAGGUCCUUUCUGUUCAGUAAAGAGGGGAACCCCAACAAGCGUAAUGUGCACAACGAGACUUGCCUCCACGUGCUGUGCCAAGGCCCGCAGAUCCUGCUGCUGCCAGAGGGAGCACUGUCGCCACGACUGGCCCGGCCCCAGAGGGACGAGCAGCGUCGCGCAGACUGCCUGCAGAUGAUCUUGAGCUGGACAGGGGCCAGGCUGGAGGGAGGCCAGUACGAGAAGGCCAAUGUCAACGCCACCGACAAUCACCACAGCACUUGUCUGCACUAUGCUGCCGCUGCAGGCAUGAAGAGCUGUGUGGAGCUGCUAAUCCAGAGCGAGGCGGACCUUUUUGUGGAGGAUGAGGACAAGUUGACGCCAUGUGACCACGCCGAGCGGCAUCACCACACCGAGCUGGCCCUCAGCCUGGAGUCACAGAUGGUUUUCUCCUCCUCUUCAGCUCAGCAGUCAAACACAGACGCACAUGGUGAAACCAACCUGCUGCAGUACAAGGAGCCUUAUGAGGGACUGAAGAUUCAGGACCUGCGCAGGCUGAAGGACAUGCUGAUAGUAGAGACGGCAGACAUGCUGCAAGCCCCCCUCUUCACCGCUGAGGCCCUGCUCCGAGCACAUGAUUGGGACAGGGAAAAGCUGCUGGAGGCCUGGAUGUCAGAUGCUGAGGGCUGCUGCCAGCGCUCAGGUGUGACCAUGCCCACCCCACCACCCAGUGGGUACAAUGCCUGGGACACCCUUCCCUCACCUCGCACCCCUAGGACCCCGCGCUCACCCCUCACACUCACCCUCACCUCCCCGACCGACAGCUGCCUCACACCUGGAGAGGAGGGCCUGGCUUCAUGUGGAAUCUGUCUCUGCUCUAUCUCAGUGUUUGAGGAUCCAGUGGACAUGUCCUGUGGACAUGAGUUCUGCAGAGCAUGCUGGGAAGGGUUCCUCAAUGUAAAGAUUCAGGAGGGUGACGCACACAACAUCUUCUGCCCGGCCUAUGAGUGCUACCAGUUGGUGCCGGUGCAUGUGAUAGAGAGUGUAGUUUCCAGAGAGAUGGACCAGCGAUAUCUACAGUUUGACAUCAAGGCAUUUGUAGAGAACAAUCCUGCUAUCCGAUGGUGUCCUGCAGCACGAUGUGAGCGGGCGGUGCGGCUAACCCGACCAGGCCCAGGGGACAGUGACCCGCACAGUUUCCCCCUGCUUCCCUCCCCAGCUGUCGAUUGUGGCAAGGGUCACCUCUUCUGCUGGGAGUGCCUUGGCGAGGCCCACGAGCCAUGUGACUGUCAGAUGUGGAGGAACUGGCUCCAGAAAGUCACAGAGAUGAAGCCUGAGGAGUUGGCAGGUGUGAGUGAGGCCUAUGAGGAUGCUGCUAACUGCCUGUGGCUGUUGACCAACUCAAAACCAUGUGCCAACUGCAAGUCGCCCAUACAGAAGAAUGAGGGCUGCAACCAUAUGCAGUGUGCCAAGUGCAAGUAUGACUUCUGUUGGAUCUGUCUGGAGGAGUGGAAGAAGCACAGUUCGUCGACAGGAGGCUACUAUCGCUGCACUCGCUAUGAGGUCAUUCAACAGCUAGAGGAGCAGUCCAAAGAGAUGACUGUCGAGGCAGAAAAGAAGCACAAAAGUUUUCAGGAGCUGGAUCGUUUCAUGCACUAUUAUACUCGCUUCAAGAACCAUGAACACAGUUAUAAGUUGGAGCAGAAAUUACUGAAAACAGCUAAGGAAAAGAUGGAGCAGCUGAGCAGAGCCUUCAUUUGCCGUAAGUCUUCUUAUAUGAUAGAAGGUGAAGGCACUCCUCCAGACACGCGGUUCAUUGAGGACGGUGUAUGUGAGCUGCUGAAGACACGACGCGUCCUGAAGUGCUCUUACCCAUACGGCUUCUUCCUGCAGCAAGGCAGCACCCAGAAAGAGAUAUUUGAGCUCAUGCAGACGGACCUUGAGAUGGUUGUGGAGGAUUUGGCCCAGAAAGUCAAUCGUCCGUACCUGAGGACUCCCUGCCACAAGAUAAUCAGUGCGGCCCGUCUGGUGCAGCAGAAGAGGCAAGAGUUCCUGGCGUCAGUGGCCCGAGGCGUCGCUCCUAACGAUUCUCCUGAUCCUCCCCGCAGGAAUUACCCCGGAGGAUCAUGGGACUGGGAGUACCUCGGCUUUGCCUCCCCUGAGAUGGGGAGUCGUCACUCUGUAUUGGGAGCAGUAGAUCAAAGGGAGAGACCGUCACAGGAUUAUGCUGACAUCCAGUACCGCCGCAGACACAGACCACGGCGCAGAGGAGACAUGCUGAGUCUGCACAACCUUAGAAGCAGCAGCAACACACCAGAGACCAGCAGGAGGAGUGACAACACAGAAGGUCCAGAGAGAAGUGAGGGCCGCAGGAGAGCACUGGGCUCGCUGGACGAAGACGACCCAAACAUCCUGCUGGCCAUCCAGCUGUCCCUUCAGGAGUCCCGCAGAGAGCGGGGUCUGGAGGGUGGGAUGGAGGGUAGAGUGGAGCUGGAUCGUGGACUGGACAGAGGACAGGAGAGGAGGCCGGGUACUGCGGGCGACCUGGCUGAUGUUGCUUUGCAAUCCCUCAACACAGACGGUCCUCCAGGAGCCAGAGGCUCCUCGUUCCCCACUUCUCUCCUGGAUCCUCCUCGCCCCCCUAACAGGACAGACUCCACCUCCCAGCCUCCCCCAUCAAACUCCCUCCCCCUGCCUCCCCCACCUCCCUCCCUCAGUGCAGAGCUGCUGGAGCUGGGAGACAGCCUUAUGAAACUGGGGAACAUAACCACUCCUUAUGAGCUGGACACACACACACAGGAGCAGCUCUGCUCCCACCACACGUACAGUCACAGUGCACUCACCGCUCCCUACAGCAUCGAACCUGCGUACAGCGACUGCAGCCAUAGACCAGACCAGAGUGCACUGAACGCCCCAUAUGUGCUCGACCAUAUCACCAUUACAGAUCCCAGUUACUGCCACUCCGGUGGUUAUUUGGCUGAGGCUGAACACACUGCCUCCUGCGCACUUGAACGCAACCAAAACCCCGCCCAUCCCAGUUCAUGUAACCGGGAACAUGCAGCCACGUAUGACAGCACCCCAAAACCAGACAGCUCUUACACCCCCUGCCCAGAACACAGUAGCUCUUACACUCAGGAGCGCCCUGCCGCCUACGCUCUUGAACGCCCAUCCAAAUCUGACCCGCAGCCGCCUACCCAGUUGUGCCUCCCGUCUCCAGAGCUCGAGCCGGAGCUGCUGCUUUCACCGGUGAUCCCCCCGGGGGGCCCUUUCACCCCCAGCGACCCUCAGAGUCUGGAGCCCCUGGACCCCACCGCCAGUGCCCAGCUGCUGGACAACAUCAUGGCCUGGUUUAACAACAACAUCAACCCCCAGAACAACCCGCAGAGCCUGGCCCUCAUCCCGUCCCCGCCCACCACAGAAACCGACUCCUCCCCCGACACACACACUGAGACUGAAUCAGAGAGCCAGACCUCGAGGGACGCGACCCCCGCCCCUAUCUGGCAGCCCCUGGAGGGCGAGCCAGAGGCAGAUGGAGGGUCAGCGAGUCCCUGUCUAGGUGCUGUGGGCACGGAGGCCCCGAAGACGUCGAGGCCCAGCACUCUGGAGCUGGAAAACAGAGAGGCUGGCAAGGAGGGUGUGGGCGCAGGGUGUGUGGCUGACGUGUCGCUGGACGAAGCGCACACACACCCGUGCUCAUGCUCCCAACGUGGAAACAGUCCCGUACACACUGCCCCGGCCACAGAGAGAGACUUAGACCUUAUCCUUCAGUUAGAGGAGGACCAAUCUCCUGAGGAGUGGGAGGAACAAGUACACCUGGUGUGACAGCGACAGAACGGUGCGGAGAGAGAGGGUCGAGCCAAGUAGAAGAGAGAGAGAGAGGAAAGUGAAAGAAAGUCAGAGAUGAGGAAAGAGAAGCACUGAUGGAAAAAUAUUCAAUAAAACAGUGAUGCCUCAAUGAAAGAUGUAGGUCUUUGGAGCGUUUACUGUAUGUAUUAUAGUGUAUCUAGAGAGGACAUAAAACCCUGCGGACUUUGUCCAGUAAAGAUGAUGUCAUACGCAGUUUGAUUUUUAAUUUUUUUUUUUUAAGUGCUUUUGUCUGCUCUAAAAAGCAGACAAAAUAUUCUUUGAAACAAAUGAGUGUUUAAAGCAGAGUACACCAGUGGAAAGCUACUGAUAUCAUAACACAUAAAAUGCUGCACAUUUUUUUGUUUUCUUAUUUAUUUCCUGUAUUUGUCGUCUCUGUUUGUUCAAGUUUUGGUGCUGAUUCAUGCUGAAAUCCAAACUUGCCUCAUAUACUCUCACUUUUAUUAAGACACCGACCCAACCAAGAGCCUGUUCAGAGCUCCUGGAGCCAAAUACGACGAUAACUGUAACCUUUGGAGCUUGUUUAGCGUACUGUACAAUCAGAGGGCCUAAUUCUGAUUUUUGGACCUUCGUGCACACUGUGCCUGCUUUGUUAGAGAGCCAACACACUACUGAUUUUUCCUUUUGGUAGGCUACAAAGGACGACGAUACACCCGCCUGCUCAGUAAACGUCACGCUGGUACAACGUGCUUAUCAGAUUUUAUGACAGUAAUAAUUCUUUUGUAAUACUCCAGAUGAGAUAUUGUCCGGUCCCCCUGCACAGGGGGGUCAGCCUCAGCUGAGAAUUGUUCAUUCAGAGUAUUGUUUAAAGUUACUUAAGCAUCAUGGGUGUUUGUUGUCAGAGGGGCGCUGAUCCCUCUGUUUUUCCUGCUCACUUCACCGACCUGCUACUUAUUCCAUGAAAUUCUCUGUCUUUAUAUCGAAGAUGAGCUUUCAAUCAAGUGUCAUCCACAUUUCUGAAUUUUACACCAGCUUUGGCUCAGUUUUCACAACAGACUGUCAAAACAUAAAAUGCUAUAAUAACUAUUUUGACCUCAGAAUGACACAGAAUGCUUUAUGAAAAAUAAUUCUAAAAUUAUGUAUGACAGCAGCACAACAUGAAGUGUCACUGGAUUUAAAUUGCUGUUUUAUUUCAACAUACAAUGUCUAAAUUAGUUGUCAAACAGAAACUCUCAUUAAAACAAUCUAGAUCCAGUCAUGAAUGAUAGAAGAAAUAAAGAAAUAAGAUCUGCUUCUGUAAAUAUAGACGGAAGAAACCUAGAAUCUGACUGAACAGUUUGUCUUCUUUUCAUUCUAACUCCUGUUUCCAGGAUAACUGAAAUACUCGCUUCCGCUCAAGCUGGUAAAAUUUGUCUUCAUCUGCAAUCAUUUUACUGCACAUGUGAGAGUUUUCAGAGAUGAGAAGGAGAAAAAACAAUGUGUUUAAUGUUUUUUUUUCUUGAGCACCUGAGCUCCUAGAUUUACUAGCCCAACAUGGCAUUGUAUUUGGGCAAUCCUUAUUUUUGAGCUCUGUUUAUGUGAUGAAGAAUUUCUGAAUGAAUAUCUCUCUGUAAAUUGAAACUGUUGUAAAAACUGAGCCAAAGCUUCAGACGAUACUAUACAUGGAAACACUCAUUUAGUUUGUUUUUAUCAUAUCUAUUCCACUACUGAUGGUUAGUACAGUGUGCUGUUGAUAGGCGGGAGAUGGGUUUUUACUGUAAUUUAUCCUUUUUUAAACAUUUCUUUAUUGCUUGUUAUAGAGAUGAACUUUCUUCCAGUUGAGACCGGAGUUGUUGGGUCUGUGUGCCUUUUUGUUUCAGUCGUAUUUGUUUGUCGGUAUUUAUUAGUGUCAUUACUUUUUAAACAUGCUAAACGGCGUUGAUUAUGAAAGAUAGAGGAGAACACACCACUUUGGCUGUGGCCAUUCACUGAGGUUCUUGAUGCACAUUAGUAUCGUUUGUCCUCGCUCCUGCUGGUUUAUCUUAUUUAAAGUUAUCCCCAGAGAAAAACGGCUUUGGAGCUACGUAAAAGAACUCGUUUGUCAUAUUUACACUUUAUACUUUCCACUUUAAUUAACAACCAUUUUGGGUGAUUUUUCUUGAAACGCGGUGAAGCGCUCUGAACCCUGGGUUGUCACUGAACCCUCUAUCUUUAAACUUUAUCGCCCAACUGUAAUGUUUACAAGAGAAUUAAACACUGCCUGUUUUGUUGAGAUAUGAUCUGGUGCUUUUGGGACUGAAAUGAUAGUAAUGGAGUGUUUUUAAUUAUUCUUCCAUGGCAGGCCAAACAAAUGUAAAGAUAUCUUGAUUUUGUUGAAAUUUCUCCCUCUACUUUACAAAAAGUGCCAGGAAUACAGGAUGUGAUACGCAAUCAAAAAAUGCAUCACUUUUCAUUAAAACUUUGGGUUUUAAGCUUGUUUUAAAUUGUGAGGUCUGGAGUGCUCCACUGAAGUGACCCCCCCAAAAUAACACUUUUUUCACUCCGUAUUAAACAUUGAACUGUGAAGGUGCUGGACAGGUUGUAGGAGCUGGCGAUACUUUAUAAAGGCUGCUGAGAUGAGAGGGCAGCUGGUGUUGCCUGUAACAUUUCAGACAUUGUUUCCUGAGGAAUGGUUUGAUGAACAUUUAUUUUAGGUUGCAUGGUUGCAACAGGACAUAGGAAGGGGUCUUUUAAUUUGCACACGCAUGCUCUUAAUGUGUUGCACUAAUCCAGUGCUGUCAGGCAAGACGUGGAGGACUGAUAAGUGCGGCUUUUAUUAUUAUUAUUAUAAUUAUUAUUAUUUACUUCUUUUAUUUUCUUGAUUUGGAAUUGGAUUUAUGCUGUCAAGGGAAUGGUCUUGUGCCAUUUUAUACUCCAUAUAUAAUGUUUAUAUUUUAUUGAUCCCUCAACCACUUCAGAAUUUUAAAAAAAAUUAAUUAAUCAAAUUGCACUUGCAUAGAUUAUACUUGAUACAUUCCCAGUCGGUCCAUAAGAGAGGUUUGAUGUGUGGCCAAAACUGUAAAUGAAAGUGUCAGUGCAAAGUUUACUCUCAAUAAAAACAACUGAAAGUG